UGAGACGCUCUGUAAAUCUAAUACUGAAUGUCCUCUGCGGAAGGUCAGACAAAUCGCUUAAAAUUUCACGAUGAAACCGUUUUUUAUUGAAAAAAUCUUCCGCCAGCCUCUUUUACGGCGCACCUUUUCUCCGUGUCAUGUCAAUUAUGUUCGUUGUUUGGCCUCAAAGCCACGAAACACGAGGGAAUUGACUGGAGUGACAGGAAUCAAACGGAAAGGUGUCAAGAAGGAAAAGAAACAUGAUCCAGAUGAAGAAUUCAUGCAGCUGUGGAGUACUACAGAGGGAUAUAUACAAAAUGUUUUUAAAGAAAGAAGAACAGGGAUCAAGUCGACAAAGGAAAAUUAUAGAAAUACGUUUGUGACUCCAAAUGUCACCACCCUGCCCAUUGCAAGUGAAUUGACUAAGGAGGAAAGAGACGAUCUGCUCGAUGAUGAUGGGACGACAGAAUUCAGGAUUCCCACAGCAGAGGACUUUGCAAGGCUAACUCCGGUAUACAAGAGUUUGACAGAGGAGGAAUUAGAUGAUGAAAAAAUAUUUGAAAGAAAAGAUGAGAGGGAUGAAGAGGAAAGGGAAAAUAAGGAAGAAUCAGAUGUUAUUGAUACUUCUAAAAUUCUAUCAUUUGAAGACUUCAAUCUUCACCCAAAGCUUAUACAGAAGCUCAACAUUUUUGGCAUUGUCACUCCCACUGACAUUCAAAAACAAGCAAUACCAAUAGUUUUAAAGGGAAAGAGUGUUCUUAUUCAAUCAGAAACUGGAUCCGGUAAAACUAUGGUAUUCUUAUUGCCUACUCUGCAAUCUCCUGGAAAAACCUUUGGCACAAUAAUCAUUGCACCCACAAGAGAAUUGGCAAGUCAAAUGUUGUUUGAGGCUCGUCAUCUUCUUGGUGAUAAAGCUAUUGUGGAGUCUUUUGUGAGUGGUGUCAAUUUGAGUAAACAGGAGGCAAGAUUGAAAGAUAAGGCAAAGAAACCUUUGAUAGCUAUUGGAACACCUAAGAGGAUUCUUGAAAUAAUUGAGAAGGAUCCUUCACUGGUACAACGCACUAAAAGGAUCAUAAUUGAUGAAGUGGACAAAGUUCUUUUGCCACUUCAUAGGAGGUCCUCAUUCAAGAAGCUCACUCAUCGCGCAAACUAUCCUAGAGCAGCUAAGACCGUGGUGGAAAAAGUUCUUCAGUUAUCUAAGGUUAAGCACAUCCAGAUGAUUGGAGCUUCUGCAACUGUGAAUGAUGUUCUCCAAGAGGACCUGACAGAAAUUGGCUGGGGAGAUCAUGUCAAACUUAUACAGUCAUCCACACUUGAAGGACGGCCUUGUAAAGUUCCUCCAUGCAUUAAACACCAAUAUGUUAUUUGUGAUGAGUCUGUGGGUCUUACCAAAGCACAGGCACUUGCCAGAGUUUUCAGAGAGUCAGGCCAGAAAUCUGGUCUGGUGUUUAUUCACCGUCUUCAAUCAGUUGAUGACUUUGUCUGGGAGUUGAGAGACCUUGGACUAAAUGCUGUAGCACUGUAUCAAAAAGUUGCUAAUCAGGAUCCUGAGGAAUAUGAGAAAUUCCUCACAGAGUUUCAAACUGGACAGAUCAAUGUCGUGGUUGGCACAGAAGAAACAGUGAGAGGUCUGGACUUCAAAGAACUGGACCAUGUGUAUUUAACAGAAGUGGCCAGAAAUAUUGAUGCCUAUUUGCAUCAAGCAGGGCGAGUUGGCCGACAGGGGAGGCCUGGGACUGCUACAACAUUAGUUUCAGUACGAAAUCCAAGAGAUGAGAAGAGGAUGCAAAUGGAGUACCGUAGACUUAAUUUACCAUUUGAAAGGAUUGUUUUGUGAAGGGAUACAUUUAAUGGUGACUUGCAAAAUUUGUGAGUCAAAAUAUAUUUGAACAGAUACCACAUAAAAUUUUUUGUAUGCGUGCCUGCACUCAGUUUUGAGUCAUGGAACUCCAUCAACAACCCUACAAAACCUACCUGGAAGAGAGAGUACCUGGAAUACUGGUAACAUAUUUAAUAAACAAUAAAAUAUUCUUUUCAUCAGUAAUAUCACCAGCUGUACAUAGCCAUGUGAGAAAAUUGAUUUAAUAAAAAUGGAAGAUAGAAAUAACCUUCACCAUCCUACAUAGCGGUAUAGCACCACUCAGUACUUCCUAUAAUUUUAAAAAAUGCACCAAUACAUUUCAGUUAUGAAAUAUUGUAGAUUGCUACAUAUUAAUCACCUUAAAGCAUAGCACAGCACUUGCAUUUAAGUCUGAUAAUUACAGCGACAGAAGUAUUUCUGCUCAAGCAUUGUAAAGCUCUUGCAGUAACAGAUGAGUCAAGAUGUUCCGAGCACACACCCUCACAUUAGUGGAUUAAUAAUAUUUCUUCAAUAUUCAAAGAAAACAUAGUUGUAAUAUUAUGGUAAUGAUGAUGACUUCUUGUUAGGCACCAUUUGGCUUAUUGGUACUGGAUGUCAAGCAUUGGCAUAUCAUCCUGAUAAGUGUGCAUAAGCAUGAUGACAAGUCUGGAUAAUGCCUGAUCUUCUAAUACCACCUUAA